AGGGGGAGGCGGAAGUGAAAGCGGAGCUGUCGGGGCCCAUUAAAGCGGAGCGGAGCGUACAGGCACCUACACUCGCAGCGCCGCGGCCCGACCAGACGUUUGAAACAUGACCUCUAGGAAGAAAGUGUUACUGAAAGUCAUCAUCCUUGGAGACUCUGGGGUGGGGAAGACAUCGCUUAUGAACCAGUAUGUGAACAAAAAAUUCAGUAACCAGUACAAAGCUACAAUAGGAGCAGACUUCCUGACAAAGGAGGUGAUGGUGGAUGACAGACUAGUGACAAUGCAGAUAUGGGAUACGGCAGGGCAAGAACGGUUUCAGUCUCUGGGUGUUGCCUUCUACAGAGGAGCAGACUGCUGCGUGCUGGUGUUUGAUGUGACAGCCCCCAAUACAUUUAAAACUCUAGAUAGCUGGAGGGAUGAGUUUCUUAUUCAGGCCAGUCCAAGAGACCCUGAAAACUUUCCAUUUGUUGUGCUGGGAAACAAGAUUGACCUAGAAAACAGACAAGUUACCACAAAACGAGCACAAGCCUGGUGCUACAGUAAAAACAACAUCCCAUACUUUGAAACCAGUGCCAAGGAGGCCAUUAAUGUGGAACAAGCUUUCCAAACUAUUGCACGAAAUGCACUUAAACAGGAAACUGAGGUGGAGCUUUACAACGAAUUCCCCGAACCCAUCAAACUAGACAAGAAUGACCGAGCAAAAGCCUCUGCAGAGAGCUGCAGUUGCUGAGGUGGAGCUGGAGGGGUUGAGCACAGUCCUUCACAAAUGGAUAUCACACUUAGGCCUUCAAACACAAAGCCCCUCUUCUGUAUAAAAAUAAAACAAAAUUUUAAAAAAUCCCAUCUCCAGCUGCCAAAAUCCACUCAUCUCCUGUGAGCAACUGUAAGCCCAGCCCUCCUACACAGAGCUCAUCCAUGUCCCUAUUCACAUUGCCCCACUCCUUGGUAGCAGACCUUUUUUUUUUCUUGGUUUGAAAUGGAAAUUCUUAUGUCUGGAAUGGAAGCUAACCCUGGGUGUCCAAUGGAGAGAAACUGUUUACAGGUAAUCUGUGUAACAAUUUGCAUACAUUUUUAACUGUCUUGUGUUCCCCUGUGAAGGCUGCAACUGGGAAAGGCUGAUUACCCAUAGUUCAUUGCAAGCUCAGCACUCAGUCUGACUAGGUUGAGUUUUGUAUGUAUCUCUGUUAAUGCUUGUUACUUUUAACUAAUCAGAUCUUUUUACAGUAUCCAUGUAUUAUGUAAUGCUUCUUUAGGAAAAAUCUUAUAGUACAUGUUAAUAUAUGCAACCAAUUAAAAAAUGUAUAAAUUAGUGUAAAA